AUGGCGGCCGUGGUGGCGGCAGUGGAGGCGGGGGUGGUGGCGGUGGCGAGCGGGCGGAGCAGCAAGCUGGUGCGGGGCCUGUACUGGCGCCUGCGCGCGGCGGUCCGGCGGCUGCAGUCGGAGCGGCGCAGGUGGCGCGGCGGCGGCGCCAGGCGGGAGCGCUUCAGCAGCUUCCACUACGACGCGCUCAGCUACGCCCUCAACUUCGACGACGGCCGCCGCGCCGCCGACUUCGUCCUAGUCUAGUAUGAUGCGCGUCGCGCUCGUUAGCUAGGCCUAGGUGGUGCUCGAUUUGGUGGUGGCUGGUUCGUGUGGGGAAUCUUAUUGUAGUUAGUGAUCGGCGUUCUGUGUGCUUCUUUAAUGCUUUAAUUAAUUAGGAGCUGCAAAAUUUUUUGGAAGAAAAGAGCCCCCUGUAGCUGUAGUGGCUCUGUGCGCUUCCAUGCGCUCUCUUGCUAAUGUAGACACCACGAU